GUUUGAUUGUUGAGUGCGUUCCUCAACAGGAGAAGUUAAAGCAUUGUGUUUGCUUGAUUUCAGUGCACACACGGCUCUUUCCCACACACGCUCACAUACAAAGUGUUUCCGUUGUGCUUGUCAGUGAGUCCGUCUUCACGGAUCUCCAUCCGCCGUUUUUUUUCUCACAAGAAAACGACGUUCAUCUGUUGAGAAAGAAGAGAGGUGUGCGCUACUGAAACUGCCGUGGAGUUGCAGUGCCUGUCUCCCCCUUCCACUUCUUACGCUCCCUCUUUGCACCUCGUGACGUUUAAGCUGGCGGCGAGUGCGUACGGACCUUUCGGAGCCGAACUUGCAAUCGUGCUUUUGUAGAGAGCUUUCCACAGUGGUUGCCUGGUCCUGCUCAUACUAUUAUUGUUGUUUGAGAACGAAAAUAGAACAUCGUUUUUUUCUUGUUUUGCUUUAAAAAGAUUUCUUAUUGUAUUUAGUACUUUUCUAUUUCUUUCGUUCCCAAUAGUUUCACAGCAGUGACAACAACCGUACGCAACGGUGGACAACUGACUCUACAUUUAAGUCUCUACAGGAGAAACACGAGAUCGCAGUACACUAUCACCGGUUUUUCCCUUUUUUUGAAACCCGAAGAAGAAGAGUAAAACAUCAACCUUAGGGUUCGGAGCGUUCGUUCAGUAAAACAUAUUUAUAUUUAUUUGUGGUAUGCUUUGUGGCUUUGGCUUUGUAGUUUUCUCCUCUUUUUCCUUUUCCUUCUAUCCUUUCUCGUGUUCGUUCUCCUCGUUUUCUUGCGUUGGACGUCUCUAUCUUUGAUCCCAGCAUCAAAUCGAUUGCUGCGAGGUGAUCGCCAGACGUACAUCCACCAAGACAGGAAGACGUUUUCUCUAUUUUUUUUUUGUUUCAAGUUUUCAUCGCCUUUCUUUUUCUUCUCUGUUGUUCUUGUCAGCAAUCUUAACCUGUACUGCCCUGUGCGACCUAGUGCUAUUAUUAUUAUUAUUAUUCUCUCUCUGAGAUUAUUAUUGCACGGCGCACGUCCGCUUAUUCACGCCAUUCUCCGCACGUUUUAUCUCUAUGUUUGGAUCAACGGUUUUUAAAAAUUAUCUUUCUUUGCUACACCUAUCAACAGAGUCAACAGCACCCGUUAUAGCUAUAUGUAUGUACCGGGACACACUGUAUAAACAAUCCCACACGGUGACACAAGUGAAUUCUGUCUGCUUUUUUUUUCCGUAUUGUACAGGUAACUCGCACGUGCAGUAUCUGUUCUGGGAGGGUAUCCAACGCAGGUCGAACUGCCGUAAGGCAAACAAAAAAGGAAGGAACGGAUCGGUGACACUGUUCUACCCACAGCAAAUUAGACGGAAGGUAUUGAAAUAAGGGAAAAAAUAAACACUUGUUUUUACUCGUUUAUUGAUUUUUGUUGGUAUUGCAAAAGAUCGUCGUUCCCGUUCGGGAAAAGGAAAAGAGAAAAACACCUCCACGAUGUUCUUCAACACGGACGCCGCCAACGCGUACUUUCUGCGUUCCCACAGCACGCCGGUUUACGACGACAGCGAGGAUUUUUACGUUGCUUCUGCGACCAGCGGUGGCGUAGCGCGAGGGGGAAAUACGAGCAGCAACGGCGACGACUUCACCAUGGAUUUCUACGAACGCAGCGGCCGCGCGGGCCUCCCGUCACGGCAGCAAAUCAACGCACCGCAGCGUACUGCCUAUCGAGCGGCAGCUGAGCAGGGAGUCGAAGGCGACGACUACGCUGGAGGCUAUGGGCGGUGUUUUCAGCCCUCUCCGCCGGCGCGACCGCCGAUGGGUGCUGCUGCGGCGCCGCGUCGCUCUCCUUCUUCUGUUUCCGCCGCGGCGCAGUACGGCGCCACGGGCCGCAGCGGCGCUGAUCUCCUCUACGAGGCACGAAGUCGUGGGUACGCGCCGGGCACAACGGAAGGCGAUAUUUGGUCUCGCGCGGCGUACCUGCCUCGCGCCUCCCGCCCUUCAUCCGCCACCGUCCCUCGACCUUCUCAAAACGUUGGCGGUGGGGUUCCAGCGCCUUCCCCGGUCGCCUCCGGCCCUGUCCGUCUUUCUACCACAGUGGAACCAGUAACGACAUCCGUUGCAGGUUUGCAGGACACUGGGCACGGCCGCAGCACCGGCAGCGGUGGUAGAAACUACCGGGAACGCCCCAGCAGCGCACCCGCCCACCGUGCAUCUGCACCUGCUGUGCUGGAUGGCGGCAGCGCCUCCGCCGGGGUCCUCCCCGCGGCGACCCGACUCACUUUGGGCAACGUAUGCAGCGACGGCGCUCGCACCUUCGCGCAGGGUUCGUUCACUCCGCAGCAAAGGCAGCCACAACGGCAACCCCGCCGCGCCCCCGUAGCGCCAACACCACCGCAGUCGCAGCCACCGUUAAAUUGCACGCCCGCUCGUCGCUCGCCGGAGGGUUGGGCCGGUGGGCGCUGCGGGGAGACGGCCGUGUCGUUGCGACCGUUUCCAUCGCCGGCUACAGCGACGCCACGUACGUGCGGCGCACAGGAGCUGAGGAAUCGCUAUGCUGGGCUAACACAGGACCGCAUUAUGACGGACGCGGAGGAGGGUUCUGGUGGCAACGUCUCUGCUGGGUCGACCCACGAUCUCGCAAAACACGGCGGCGCCUCACAAAACAUACCAUCCUCUCGUCAUGCGCGCCAAGGCGGUGUAUCUGCGAGCCAGGAAGGACGCAUCCCACCACCUAUCUGCGCAAAUGCGGUGCCGAGGUGUUGGGGGAAGACGGCGGACGCAGUGGUCGAGCCGAAUGUAGCUACCGCUGCGUCUGCGUCUGCACCGCAGCGGAACGCGCAUUCCGACGAGGAGGAUGGGCAAGAAGUGGUGGACAGCAACGACUUCGAGGGCCCGCCGCGUGCGCCGUGGUGGACCGUGGACGUUACACUCGCGUUUCUCGCUGGCCACUAUACCUCGCCUGCGGAGGAGGCGGAGGCGAUGCUCGCGGCUGCCACGGCACCGUCUCCUGCAAACACGCGCGUUGUCCGUUCUGUUCGGUGCCGCACGCCUGUGCUGCCGGCGGACGCGUCCUUGGAGGAGGCGUGGGAGAUGACGCGGUCGUUCUUGCGCUGCGUCGCUCUUUCUUCCGUGGAGGACACCGCAGUGGCGGAGUUGCAGUGUGUACCGCAGGUGUACUCCUACUUCGAUAAAGACUUCAACCAGUACGUGCUGCUGGACGCCGAUACGCUGGCCAUUGCGAGUGCACUUAUUCGUGUCGUGAUGGUGGUGUCCAGCACGGACGUCACGGUGUCACAGGAGCCAUCGCUUCACCAGUUCUACCCACAGCAGCUAGACCCUACCAGCCUUUCACCACCGGCCAUGACGUCCACGACUCCUGCAAGUCAACCGCCGCAGCAUUGGGUGACGCCGGGCGAGCACAGUGGUCCUCCCUCGCGCGACCCCAGUGGGCCACCGCGUUGCCGGCGGCUGCCGUUCGACAACGACGUCGACGAGAGCUCCCCCGUUUCCCUCUCCAUGAUAAGGCAGAAGGAACUGGUGCAACGGCAGCGACGACGACAACCGCAUCAGCACGACGUUGCGGCAGCGGACGACUACGCUCUCCCCUGGGAUGGUGCCCGGCUGCACAGCCACGACAUCUACAGUGAAGAAGAUGCGUUUGUGAGGGAGAGGUACUACUACCGUUACGACCCACCUCAUCAGGAAGAAGUCAACGAGCAGCAACAGCAACAGCAGCAGAUAACACAGAAACCUGCCGAAGUGUGGGACAUCGUACUUGUUCCUCACGAGGAAGAUCAGCGGGAAGAGGAAGAGGACGACGGCGACAACAGCAUGGGUGGCGGCGCUGCCGCUGCCGUCGUCGAUCCACAAUUGUAUGCACGUUGCCCGGUCAGCGGCAGGCUGCAUCGCCUCUGUAACGCUCCUGCUGUCCUGCGCGGGCGGUUGAGUUCCGCACCGCACCACGCUGCCGUUUUGCAGCGCACCCCCGCGCCGCGUCCACCUACGGCACCGACGGCCUCUUUCAACCGAUACGGCGACGCCUGGGACGUGUCGGGAGGACGUGUGGAGGGUGCCGUCGCCGCCGCCGCGGCAUCGCGUGUCCUGCGCCCGUCACCGCCGAUGGUGCAGCCGCAAGCGCCCCCGCCAACGCGUCAGGCCCCAUCGCUACAGCAGAAGCGGCCCGACCCACAGUACUUCGACGGUCUGCUCCUCAUGCGCAGCACCGUGAGCUCUCUGCAACCCGCUCCACCUUCCACCUCCUGGCUGCACACCGGUUUGACGGACAGCUGUGCCAGCCGCGGGGCCUCGCAGACCAGCCUACUCGCCCCGAGCCCGCCGCGCUCCUCGCCCCCGCCGCACCAGGCCUACCGCCUCGCCUCGCACCCGUAUUUCGACGCGUCGUUCUUUUCCCCGCAGCGGGUGCCGCCCGCCGCGGGCAGCAUCACCGCCUUCGCGAGCACGUCGCAGCUGCAGCGCCACACCGGGGCGUCGUCAUCGUCGUCCUCGCCACACGCGGACGCGCUCGGGGCUUUGCUGCGCCGCUCCGCGGAGGCCAUGUGCGGCAAGUCGCAGAGCGCUUGCCUCUCUAGCGAGCACGGUGCGCAGGUGAAGAAGGAGAAACAGGCCCCAAAUGAAGGGGAGACGGUGGUUACAAGCACCACUGGUGCGACGACGACGAUGACUGCGCAAGUGGCGGCGGCGGUGGGGCAAGAGAACGCCUCCUCUUCUUCCUCCUCACCCCCGGCGAAGUCCACACUUUGUCCGCCGUCACCGCCGGAUUUACCGGCACAGGACGGUGUGGGAGGACACGUAGCCUCCACCGCCGCUGAAGAAGUGGAGCGGCUGGUGUCGCCCGCCGAGGACACGGCAACGAUGGAGGCGGUGAUGGCCAUCGCCAUCACUGACGCUCAGCCCGAAGUUGCCGCGAGGAAAGAAGACAGCGUGUCUGAAGGAAAACCCGCGGUGGAAGAGCACGUCCCGAUGCCCAUCGUGCCACCUCCCAUGCAUAUUCAUCAUGAAGGCGAUGACAACGCUGUGGAUGCUGCGCCGCCGUAUCCGACGCCGCCUGCCGCUUCCGUUGACGCUUCAUUUGAUGACGCGAAGCUUGGCCGAGCCGAAACGGAUGCUCUGCACUCAGCAGCUCACGUGAUCACCACUGACGCAAUGCCGAUCAUCGACGACGAGGCAGAGCUUCAACUGAUGGAAGAGGAAGAGAAGAGGGAAGACGCCGCGCCGCUGGAAGGCAACGACGUCGAGGACAAGCUGCUGCACGUGGAGGAGGAGAAAGAGGAAGAGCCGACAUACAAUGGCGACGAGCAAACGGACACCUACCAGGACGUAGUGCUCGAAGAGCAUGUGAGCCCUCGACACACUCCGGCCGUUGGCGCUGCGGCUGUUGCAUGGAAUGCGCACAAACAAGGCAGCCGUGCUGACACACCCGCGGACGCGAGCGAAGGUGAUGUUGCAGCUGUCGGGAAGGAGAGUAUGACAGAGGCGAAGAACGAAAGUCUUGCAGAGGCUCCAGCUGUGAAGGAUAACGUGAAUGCUGCCGUUGCCGAGACCACAGCUCCAGCGCAAGAAGCUGGCACCGCUAAGCCAGCGGAGGAAGUCAACGACGAUGCACCCGCUACUGCUCCUGAGGAGGCGCAGAUUCAGGAGAAAGAGGCCGUGACCGCCAAAGUGGAAGAAGGUGUGGAAAAGGAGAAAAGGGAUGAUCAGGACGACGCGGCAGGAGGAGGUCAGCGGCACCUGCUGGACAUCACGGUGGAGGACUCUACUGUGCAUCACAGCGAAGAUGCGGAUGAUGGUGCUGUGCCAGAAAACGCUGCAGGAGGCUCUGUCGAGGCAACUGAUGCUACACCUGUAGGUACGGAGGAUGCCAGUGAGGAAGAAAGUGAACAAGUCGGUGCCUUACCUCUAGACGAUGCUGCCGUCCAGCCGGGGGACGUCCUCGCUGAUGCUAUCGUCGCGGCCGCCACCACUAUUGACACCACGGCUGGCUCCCACCCCGAGGAUGCGUCUGCUGAGGCCGAUCACAGGGAGGCCGUUGCGGCCUCUGAGGAGCCGUCGUAUCAGGAGGAAGACGUUGCCGAUCAACCUGUCUUGGCAGCGGUGGCUGGCGCAAAUCGGAAGCACCAAGUGGCGCCCAGCGCAAAAGACGAAGUGAUGGGUGAAGAGCUAGAUCUUCUCGGUGCAGUGGAUGUAAACGACGAGGCGUGGGCAGAGUUGGAGCCGGGCAGCAAUCGCGAGAACAGUAAUCACUGCGAAAUUGGCGAAGCCGCUAGGUCCCCGACACCUGAGGGGGCCGCACACACGGGGGAAGUGGAGAUGACUGCUACGCACCACACAACCGCGACUUUUGUGCAAGAGCCACAAGACGCGAAAAUGGAAGGCGUCGCUGCACUGGGCGUGGAGCCAAAGGAAGAAACAGAGGUUCAUUCAUCAGCUGCUGCUCCUGAGGGGGAAGAGCCCGCGCCGGCACACGCGACGUGCAACGAAGCGCACUUCGUCACGGUGCAUCACAGCACCGCUAAGCCGACGCUGACACUCGCCGCGGUCACCGUCGCGGACAGCAGCAUCAGCAGCUCAGGUAAGGAGCAGCGACUCGCCCCCCCGAAGCUGAGCAACCUGGAUCGCUACUCCGGCAUGACCGAGCUCAGCACCGAGUCAGCCGAGCAGCUGUCACAGUUGCAAGAUGACCUCGAUGCGCCGCCCAUGUUCCAGCGCAAAGGUGCGAACAUAACCGCCGUCGCCGCCGCCUCUUUGUCUACGCCCACGGCCCCUGCCAUCACCACUACCACAGCCGCCGCAGCGGGCAGCAGCGGUGCUGGCGUAUCGAAAUGGACGAGUGUUGACGCCCCGCGGCACAAGCCGGACAACGCCGUGGCUGCGUGCACCAGCGGCGAGGCGGUGGUCGGGGAGGCCCGCCACCCCCCCACGACCACCACGACGCACGACAUUGACAACGAGGACGCGAUGACAGACGCACCAAUGAACGCCUUCCAUGACUCGAUGUCAACCCCCACGCCCACGUUUACGCGGCCAGAGGAGGAUGAGGAUGGACCGGGGGAGAACACGUCCGUGAUGGGGACGACCAACACGGGCGAUGCGGCGGAUCCGCAGAUGCACAUUGCGUGCUCCUACACCAGCGUGCCGUCGGAGAGGGCGAGUGCGGGGGUGAACGUGCUGGUGAAGGAGGAGACGCAAGACACGAGACGGCGUAGCGUGGGGAAGAGCGUGGAGGAAAGGGACGCAGACGCGAACAACGCUGUUCCUCCGUCGGCCUCGGCCAGGCUGCCGUCGCCGCUGCCUGCAGUCGCGGCCGAAGAAGCAGAAGAACACGAAGAGGUGAGCUUUACGCAUGCGAUGAACGAGACGAUCGAGAGCAGCCCGUUAAAACCCGUCUCUACCAGCGUCGCCGCGCAGGUGGAUGUGUCAACCGAAGCGGUGCCUCUCACGCAAACACCCCGGACUACUAUCACGGGGUCCGGCAAGAUCUUUCCACCAGAUCCGAGCCCUGAGGUCCACAUGCCGGCCGCCGUCAAUUCGAAACCGUUGGUGGAAUUAAACGACGAGGCGGGGUACACGCAGCAGCAGCCACCAUAUCAGCCUGGCGCCGCUUCUCACACAAACUUGUCGCUGCCGCUCGGCUCGUCGACUCAGCAGCAGACGACUGCUGCGCCGCGCGAGGAAAGCGCGAUGCGGAAGACGAUGGUGCUACUGGGCUUCCCCGGCUCUGCGUGGGAGUACAUCAUGACACAUCACUACGAGCCGAUGCAUGACGCUUUUGUCACCGACGCCUCUGCCGCAGUGGACGUGCCGCACUCUGCUAUUCAGGACGUGCGAUACAGCAAAGGCAGUUUGAUGGUGGACCUCUAUGUGUUGCACCCUGCCGGCAUCGGCGAGCAGGAAGUACGUGAUCUGAUGUGCAACUACGAGUAUCCGCAUCUGUGGACUCUCUACGAGGCGAAGAAGCGGGAGCGGAAGAGGCUCCUGCAUGGCGAGGGCGGCGGCAUCCGGUGCUGCGACUCACAACAAACAAAGCUCUCCGCUCUGGAGGAGGUGAAGUGGUCGCCAUACGCUUAA